UGCCCCGCGCUGCCGGGAGGCAGCUUCUCCGGCCUGGAGCCCAUGGGGCUGCUCUGGGCUCUGCAGCCCCAGAAGCCCUUCAGGCGGCUGGUGAAGCGGGAUGUGCAGACCCCCUUCCUCCUGCAACUGGAGGUGUUUGAAGGCCACGGGGAGCCCCCGGGGCGGAUCCUGGCCCAGGUGCAGCACGAGCGGGCGUUCCUGCGGGACGGGGUGCGGAGAGUCCCGGUGCGAGAGGGGAGGAUCCGGGCGACGCUUUUCUUGCCCCCCGGAAAUGGCCCCUUUCCGGGGAUUAUUGACUUGUAUGGAGCUGGAGGAGGACUCCCUGAAUACAGGGCAUGCCUGCUGGCCAACUAUGGCUUUGCUGUGCUGGCUCUGGCUUUCUACGGCUAUGAAGAUCUCCCCAAAGAGAUGAAGGAAUUACACCUGGAAUAUUUUGAAGAAGCCGUAAACUAUAUGUUACAACACACCCAGGUUAAAGGUCCGGGGAUUGGGUUGCUUGGAAUCUCGAAGGGGGGUGACCUGUGCAUCUCCAUGGCCUCCUUCCUAAAGGGCAUCACAGCUGCCACCCUUAUCAACAGCUCGGUGGCAAAUGUGGGCGCAGUGCUCCGCUACAAGGACAUCACCAUUCCACCCCUUGGUGUCAAUGCAAACCACAUCAAGGUCAACAAGUCUGGCAUUGCUGAUAUUGUUGAUGCACUGAACAACCCACUAGAAGGGCCUGACCACCAAAGCUUUAUCCCUUUGGAGAAGGCCGAGUGUCACUUCUUGUUCAUUGUUGGCCAGGAUGAUCGCAACUGGAAAAGUGAAUUCUUUGCAGUUGAGGGGAGCAAACGUUUGCAAGCUCACGGGAAGGAAAAGCCUGAGAUAGUCUGUUAUCCUGGAGCAGGGCACUACAUUGAACCCCCCUUUUUCCCGAUGUGUGCAGCCUCAAUGCACGUGCUAGUUGGCAAACCUGUGAUGUGGGGAGGGGAGCCCAAGGCACACUGCGAGGCACAGAUAGAUGCUUGGCAGCAGAUCCAAGCUUUCUUCCGCAAGCACCUCACGGGCAAGCCAUCUGGAACAUCCAAUAAGCUGUGAUGUGAGUUAGGUUACUUUACAGAUGAAGAUGCUGGUGUUUCAAGUUUGUUUUGUUAAAUGGCUCUGAAUGAGAACAAAGAACAUCAGAGAAUUGGGUUUCUUGGAGGAUGAUAGUGGGUGAGAGCAUGACAGCCGCUUCCUUUUAACACCCUCCUCUAACCUCGGUUAGACGUCUUGGCUUCCUGUUGUGUGUAGUAUGGGAUUACAAGCUGUGGAAAAAUGAUGGUGGUAAGGCUGGGUCUGCUUUGAAUGUGAAUUUAAGUGGAAGGUAGCUCAUCCAAGCUGAGAACUGGGAUGAAAAUUUGCCUUGGCUUUCUCAGAGGAAAGAUGUUGUAUGCCAUUGCCCUGACCAGAGCCAGCUUUGUGCUCUAGUUUUUCUGGAAGCAGCUGUUCUCUCUUCCUGCCUCCAGUAAUCUUUCUGUUCUCCCUGUGCACUUCCCUCUCCUUUGUUGCUCCUUCCUCUUCUCCCGUGUUACUGAAAUGGAUCUGCCUUAACACUUAAUAUCUAAUAUCUAAUAUUUCACUUACCAAAAGCAGCGAUACUGUGCCUGCAUCCUCAGAUAACACAUCUCCCAUUUAUAGACAGCAACAGCCCAUAGCCUGAUGCGACAUUCUGGGCACACGCAAUAGAAAUGAGACAUUUGUACAGUUUUGGAAAGUUCGUAAGCAUGAAGAAACAACAGAAUUGGACCCGUUGGUAGUCAUGCCUGGAACUGCUCAUGAGCAUCUCCUCAGCAGGGCUGGAUAUCCCCGUGUAGGUUCACAGCACUGUUGGAGGGCAGUUUCUCCUUGCCUGUACAUUCCCUUAAUGCCUCCACAGCUGCCUGCUUGUAAGCUCUGCUGAAAAUAGCAAGGUUGCAAAGCUGGUACGGCAGCUCCUUGAGGCAUCUUUGCCUUGCCCACCGAGUGCUAUGCAGGCAGGUUUGUAGGAGCUGCCGCCGUGUGUGGGGAGGCAGGCUGAGAGGGGCAGUGAGGCGGUGGCAUUGCUGUGGCGGGGACUGGUCUAGGCUAGGCCCUGCAGGCUUCCGGGCUUCAUUUCUGGUUUUCUGAGGAGCAGGGGGGCAGCAGGGCUCUCUCACCCCCCGUCUGGGAAUUGGCAGUAAUGUUUGGCACCCAAGUACGAGUUCGAAAGAAAAAGCACUGGAUAUUGCUCGUGGGGUGCUGAUGAGUUUGCACUAUUGUUUAAAAAUACGGUUUUAACAUGUCGGUGCCUUACAAACACAAGCUGAGUGGGUAGAGUCUAAGUUGCUGUUCGUGUUUUAUGUGAAUUCUAUUGAUGUGUUUAUGCGUUUUGCACUCACUGUAUUUUUUAAUGGAUUAAAAUGAAACGUUAACUUCUA